CGAAGCUUUUGCAGCAGGAGAAGAGGCUGAAGAACUUAGACCAUCUGUUGAGUCUGACAAAAAAGAGGAAAGAAUUUUAGCCCGCCGCCUCCGUUUAGCAGCGAGAAAAGAAGCCCAAACCAAACAAAGGCUUGGUGAAGAUGACCUGGGAAAGGAGGACGUUAAAGAAGAAACACGGAAAAGUCAAAAGGAAGUGGAGCACAGAGAAAGAGAGAGAAAAGCUGGAGAACGAGGCCAAAUCCAGUCAGGAGAAGUUUGAGGAGAUCAAUCGCAAAUGGACGGAUGCUAAAAUGAAGCAGACUCCACUAGAUCUGAGAGAUGCUCUGAGCAGCCAGCAACAGCUCUGUGAACAGAUUAUAGCAGACAAGAAUAAACUGAUCAGUGAGCUCCAGCAGGAGCUGAAGGCAAGCGAUGAUCGCUAUGUGAAGGACCUAAAAAGACAGGCUAAAGACAUAGACCUUCUUGUGGAGAGGAUGGAAGAACAGAUCUCAACUCUGAAAAAGUCAUAUCGAGAAGACCUGCAUCAGAUUGAGAACUCAUUAGAUGAGGAGAGAAGAACGCUGUUAACCAAACACAAAAAGAAAUGGGAGCAUGAGAGGAAGGAUCGUAAUGAGAAAGAGCUGAAGAAUAUGAUGCAGAGUUUAAGUGUAAUGGAGGAGUAUGCAGACUUGCUGCAGAAGCUAAGAGUUCAGACCGCUGAAGAAUACAACAUAGACAAAAUCAGAAUGGACACAGAAGUACAGAAAUUAAGGAUGAAAGUGCAACAGACGAAGUUCAACUGUCAUAUGAACGAGGAGAAACUUGAUUACAAAUAUGAGGUGCUAAAGAAAAAAGAGGAAGAGAACGCCAUCAUUAAAUCCCAGCUGAAGAGGAAAAUUAUUAGAAUGCAAGAUGUUUUGAACAACUUGAAGUCUAAAUUGACCAAACAAGAGAAGCAGUCGAAAGCAGGAAACCAGUCUCUGAGCAAUGACUAUACGCGCAUCAGUCAACAGUACAAAGACAUGCAGAAGAAAGCAAGACACUUUGCAGCGCUGGAUGCGGAGCGGCUUGAGAAGUUAUGGCUGAUGUGUGAAGACGAGGCGAAGGCUCUGACACACAGAGCACUGGAGACAGACAGGGUCAUUCAUGAACAGCAGUUGGGUCUGGAGUGGGCUUCUCCGCCACUCCCCUUCAUGGAGAGAUCCGGAGCAGUCCAGCAGAAGACUUUCAGGACGGCCACACAAGCUGCUGCAGACACAUUGAAAGGAGAACCAGAAGGGGGUUUAGAUGAGGACACUGCAGCUGGACUCAACAAAAGAACAGUGAAGAGCAUAUUAGAGCUGCUGUGUGAUGAAAUGGGUUUUCUUGUUGAAAGUAAACUGCUGAUGCUGUUGUCUCCUCUGGAGAAGAAUGAACAGUCCCUCAUAAAGCUAGAUGCCAUUUUCUCUGCAAUCGGAAUUGAGAGUGAGAAGGAUGUGUAUAAAAUGGCAGAGUUCUUCAUGAACUACAGACAACAUGAGAGUAAAUAUACGAAGGAUGAGACAGCCAAUGGGCAGGGAGAGUCAGCAGAAGAGCUGUCUAACCUCAUCCACACUGAAGACCUGCUGGCGGCUCUCAAAGAUUUUACAGCCCAGUUCUGCAGACAAGAUGUUCACGCUUCGCAUAAAAGCAGUAUUUUGGGGUUGGAUAUGAGAGAUGAUUCUGAGGAUGCAGCGUAUUGGGAAAGCAUUGCUAAUGUCAUGCCUGAGUCCAAACUCAAGCUAUGGGACGCUCUAGAUACAGCUCUCAACAAAUACCAUGCUGUACUGACUGAAAGGACCGAGCUUCUGAUGGAAACACAGAACAUACAACAGCAGAAUUCUGAGCUUAGACAGCUGCUGCAUCUUUACACGACCUCCAAGGCCCAGUGAAUCCUGAGCUGGAGUUACAGACCACUAAACGGUUCCCAUGUGAUGUACUCUAGAAAUAUAGAUUAAGUAAAAUGUAGGGUACAUUUUUUUGGACGAUUAAAAAUGUGAAGCUUAAGGUAAUUAUAAUGAAAAAACAAACCAGCUUCAACAAGAGAAUCAGAAAAUAUUCAUUUAAAAGCAUGUUAGGUGCAUAUAUAGCCUUUUUAUCAAGUGAAAAUUCUCAGCACUACAGAUUUCACUUUUCACAACUAGAUGGGGACAUUUCUUCAAAAAUAAAAGCAUGCACAAUCACUUUUGCUAUUCUUUAAACUAUAAUUGAAAUCAUUCAGAAAUUACAUUGAAUUAAAAACAGACAUGAGCACAGAAGCUCUUUAAUAUCUCACACUUUGAAAAUUGCUUUAUAUAGUAAUCAGCAUAAAGACGGAGCUGUAAUCCAUCUGAGUGAAAUUGUAUUCUCAACACUGCAGUUAGGCUUGUACUGGGGUUUCCACUUUUUAACUUUUCCAAGCUUGCACUCUAGAGGGAGAAAUCUGAAUAUAAAAACUGAAGUCCUGCAUGUGCAUGAUAUAUUUCAGAGAGUAAGCCUUUAGAGCAAAAAAUCAUUUCAAAUAAUUAAUUGAAUG